CGGCGGCCGCGCCGGGUGCGGCCAUGCGGCUGCGGGUGCUGCUGCCGCGGGGGGCGGCCGGGAGGACACCGGGGCAGGGGAGCAGAGGGACGGGACAGCUGGAAAGUAAAACAAAAGGGAAACUUCAAAAGCAGAUUUGUCGAGUUAUUCUGGAUCACUUUGACAAGCAGUACACGGAAGAACUGGGAAAUGCAUGGAGCAGUGUCAGAGAUGUCCUCACAUCCCCAUUGUGCUGGCAGCACUCCAUUCUGCUGAACAGGUUCAGCCCAUGCACUGAGCUGGAGAACAGCUUGUGUGUGCAGGGAUAUCACCCUGCCUUCCAAGGAGGUUUGCCCUAUCUUCCAGCAGCAUUUAAGUGCUACAUCAGGAGAACUCCUGGGAGAUUCCCUGCUCAGAAACACCAGGCUGGUAAACUGAAGGAGUAUUACCUGCUGAAUGCGGCUUCGCUGCUGCCGGUGCUGGCCUUGGAAGUGAAGGAUGGGGAAAAUGUUUUGGAUCUCUGUGCUGCACCUGGGGGUAAAUCAGUGGCUAUCCUGCAGUGUGCCUGUCCAGGUCAGUUUCACUGCAAUGAAUAUGAUGAUUUGAGGGCAAGAUGGUUGGAAGAGACCAUAGAAUCCUUCAUCCCACAACCUUUGAUUAACUCGAUAAUGGUCUCCAAACUGGAUGGCAGACACAUUGGAGAUCUUAAACCUGAAUUAUAUGACAAGGUACUGGUUGAUACUCCUUGUUCAAAUGACAGAAGUUGGCUUUUCUCUUCUGAUAUUCAUCAAGCUACACUCAGAGUGAUCCAAAGGAAGGAAUUAUCAUGUUUACAAUUCCAGCUUCUGAGGUCUGCUAUUAAAGCACUGCGUCCUGGUGGAUCCUUGGUGUAUUCUACGUGCACUCUCUCAAAGGCAGAAAACAGUGAUGUGAUAAACCUCAUCCUAAACUCCUGCAGCAAUGUUAUGCCUGUGGAUAUAAGUGAAAUGGGCAGAGCUGUUUCUCAGGAAUUCACUUUUCUUGAUGGCUUGCAGCAGCAUGAACUUCUGGUGCUUCCAGAGAGAGGGAGAGCGUGGGGUCCAAUGUACGUGGCUAAAUUAAAGAAAAUCUAGUCCACCUGGUGCCUGUUAGAUCUUUGUAAGGAAUAUAUGAUAAAUUAAUAUUGAUUUAGAGUACAGGAUGUGUAUAUGAACAUGUUCAAGGCAACUGAAUUUAGAGCAUUGCUGCCUAAUAAAAAGGAAGCUAGAUAUUUAACUUAUUUUGGCUUAAAAUACUCAAUGUGUCUUCUAAUUUGGACUUGUGGGCCUCUGUGAAGUCCUUAUGAAGUCAAGGGAGCUUUGUAUUAUUUUCAAGGUGGUGCUUUUAAAGGGAAUUUUAUUCUAGAAUAGGGCCUAAUGUGGUGGAGUUUCCCACUUUUUUGUUUGUUUUUUUUUUUUAUUUAUUAAUUCAGUUUUAACACAGUGUGUUUUUUUAAAUAAAUAGUUUCUAUGGUCUGAGGUCACAGAAAUCCUGCAUUCUCUCUGAACACAUCUAGAAAUUUGUGUUUCUGUGAGAACUGAUUUGUAUGUAGAAUCUGUCAUCUUAAAUGCUGACUAUUCCAAGCACUGGCAAAACAGGUUUCAUAUUUGCAAAGUUGUUUACUGUUUAAAAGCUGUCUUUUGUUUACAGUUGCAAAGGUCAGCAGCUAUAUGGACACCAGCUUUUUAUUUUUUUAUAUAUUUUUUAUAUGUUUGAACUUACAAAAAUACAAAUUGAAAGAGUAAAUUGCAUUGAAAUGUCCUUAAGAUUCAGAUGUGUUUUGUCUUGGUACUCAGUUUGUAACAUAAUGCAGCAUAUCUAGAGCACAUAUUUUAAACAGAAGCAGAAUGAUUAAUAACCACAAUAACAGCACAGUAUUCAGAGGGUUUUGUUACAUAAUUACAGUCCUAAAGUGCAAAGCAGGCAAUCUGGAAAAGUGGUUUAUCCACCCAGGUAAGAAAUGUUAUGUGAAUUCAUGAUGUCCUGUCUGUGGUGUGUAAGACCAGGUGAGAACAUGGACUGAUGGUGUUUAUGUUUUUCCUCCAUAAAUAUAUAGACAGAUGUGUACAUGCAGACUGUGUUUUUGUUUUCCUGUGUGUUACCUGUAAAAACUUCUGAUCCAGCAGUGCUUGAAUUAUGCUCUUGAGUGGAUCA